GCAGCCCAACCCAAUUUCUUCAUCUUUUCUCUGAAGAUCAUCACAUUUGCGUUUCUUUCCUUCUUCCUGAGUUAUGGCACUCCUCUUCCGUCGCCUUAGAAAUAUCAUCCCUCUCUCAAACCCUACUGCUUCCCUUUCUCUGCUCCACCACCGCCUCUCAUCCACCUCCAACUCCGGCGCCGGCGACCACCCCAACACUAACCAUCCCUUCCUCUGCUCUCUGAGAAACCCUUCUCUCCCUCUGCUCCACCACCACUACCGCCUCUUUUCCAGCGACGACCCCAACUCCAACCACCCCUUCCCUUCCCUUCUCAGAGAACUCAGGGAAGCUGUGAAAUCACUCUCAGUAAGUGAGUCACCAUUCAUCUCCAACUUCCACUCCAUCUUACCCCCCCUCCCUUUCCCAGCCAUUGAAACCACCCCCUUCCUCCCUUCCAAAAAAGCUGACCAAGACGUGCUGCUCAACCCAACCUCCUCCACAUUCUCCAUUGAUGACAAGCUUCAACGCUUGAAGGCAAGUGUUUUGACCUUGAAGCAGAAGCAGGAGACUAAUUUUCAGCGCCUAUCCGAGUUGUUCGAGUCCAAAAGUGCUUCCGGCCAAGAGACCCUUGAGAUUACCGGCGAGAUUCUCACAAGCCGCGGCCGCCGCGAGACCAUCUGGACGAAACCAUCAGUGAACGAGAUUGAUGUGUUAAUUACAAAGAUGACGAGGGACAAUGAGAAGACAGUGGAGAUUAUGGAGUUGGCAGAAAAGUUGACAAACUCCACACUAACUUCCCUAUAUCAGAUUUUCCAAAACUUGAAUGAGAUAAGGAAAGAUUUGCAGGAUGAUGAGGUCUGGAAUGAAUUAAAGGAGGGGCUGGUGAGGGUUCAGGAGAUGGAGCUCAAAAAUUUUAAGCUGUUAGCUGAGGAUAGCAACCUCCAACUAGAUUUCUUCAGACAGCGCAUCACCGACCUCUUUAUGAUGCGCGACAACCAGAAAGGGUGAAAUGGCUGGCUCAGUCGUCUCACCGGUUUUUGAGGCAUGGGUCGUGAAUGAUGGAUUGAAAGAGGAAACGAAAUGAAGUAUUCAAGCUGCUGCUGUAUUUUGGAAGGAGCUCUCAGCAGAGUAUUUGUCUUACUCUAGUCUAGUGUGUCCAUAUUUGUAGGUAGUUAUUGGUUAACUUAGAUGAACUUGGUUUGCACAUGGUAAUUUAACAAAGAAAUGUUCUCUUACUGGGGUUCUGUAUUGUUGCACGAUCGAUUAAUUGAGUUUGAGUAUUAUAUAUUUAUAUUAUCAAUUAGAUAAGUUCCUUGUCUA